CACGCCUUCGCCCGCAGUGCAGCGAGACUUUUAAGCUGUUUGUCAAACUUUCCUGUCGUGAUUUCAACAUGGGAAAACUGGGCUGCAUCUCGCUUUUAGUGGCUGCUUUGGCGGUGCUGUUGGGAGAGAGAUUUUACAACUUCAGGAAAAGAGCCCUGGCUGACAGAGUGCUGGCCAACAACCACCUCCCCAACUGUGUGCUGCUUAAAAAUCUGGAACAUGGCACGGAGGAUAUCACGAUCCUGGGAGACGGGCUCGCCUUUAUCAGCGCAGGUCUGAGGUAUCCUGGAUUUCCAGCUUCAGAUGAGCCCGGAAAGAUCUUUGUCCUUGAUCUGAAAGAUUCUCGACUGAAACCAACGGAGCUGCGUAUGCCGAGGAACUUCGACCUAGAAACGUUCAACCCACACGGUAUCAGCAUCUACACCGAUCCAAGCGAUGAUGCUGUGUACCUGUAUGUUGUCAAUCAUCCUCAUCUAAAAAGCCAAAUUGAGGUGUUCAAAUUUGUCGAGGAAGAACUCUCCCUGGUGCAUCUGAAAACCAUCAAACACAAGCUUCUCCACAGUGUAAACGACAUUGUGGUCGUGGGAGUUGACAGCUUCUACGCCACCAUUGAUCAAUACUUUGAAAACGAACUUCUCAAAGGUUACUUCGAGCUGCUAUUGGGUCAGCCGUGGGGUAGCGUCGUGUACUACAGUCCGAAUGAAGUCAAAGAGGUCUCCCAGGGUUACUACAUGGCAAAUGGAAUCAACGUCUCGCCAGACAGAAGGCACGUAUAUGUGGCAGAUCUGUUUGGCCACAAUGUGCACAUGUUGGAGCGGAAAGAAGACCACACACUGACUCCUGUGAAGGCCGUGGCUGUGGAUACACUCCCUGACAACAUCGAAGUUGAUCCUGAAACCGGCGACCUCUGGGUGGGCUGCCAUCCGAAUGCAUGGAAGCUUUUCAUGUUCGACCCCAAUGACCCAGCCGGAUCAGAGGUCAUCCGCAUCCAGAACAUCCAUUCCGAUCAGCCGAAGGUGACUCAGGUGUAUGAAGACGAUGGACAUACGCUCCUCGGCUCCUCUGUAGCGACGACCUACGACGGGAAGUUGCUCAUCGGCACCGUGUUCCACAAAGCCAUGAUCUGUGAUUUGAAGUAGGCGAUGUCUCUUUAGAGGGGAAAGAAAAUACUCAAUGAAGUUCAACGAAAAAACAAGGAAAUCCAGCGUUACCUCUUUUUUUCUGUCAGACUAAACAUUGAAGAUUUGAAUGAUAUACAGCAAAAAAAAAAAAAAAAUGCAGUUGGCCGUGUUGUGCCAGACGGGAUCUGAUAACAGGAACAAAAAUACCUCUCAGCUAAUGUGAGUGUUCCUAAAGAGGAGCUGAAGGUAAAGAAAACAUCUGAGCUUUGGCGACUAAAGCAUAUUUGAAACUGAGGUGAUUUCACACCCUGAAACUAUUGAACUGUCGAGAUAUUUGAACCACUGUGAAAUACUUUCAAUCAGACGUAAUACAUGUAGCCACUUUGUUGUUGUUGUGUACCACAGAAAAUAAUGUUUUUCACUGGUGAGCUGAAAAUGUGAAAUAUUCACAUGGGCAAUGUGUGUAACGGGAUACUUUUAGAUGUUUUGAUGAUAAAGAAAAUGAUUGAUUUGACCGAAUAAAACCAACAAAAAAAAGAUUUA